AAGUCCAGUUCAGGAGCAAUGGCGGCGAGCUGUACAUGGAAACCUUGUACAGAAACUGAGAAAGAAAGAGCUGUUCUUGUGAAGUUUUCCAAUGGAGAAGUAAAAAACGCCGACAAGCUGAACAUCAGGCUUUUCAAACACUGCGAUGAAACCAACCCGAGAAAGAAAAGCAGGCGCAUUGUGGUUGCAGAUUCGGACCGGCUGUCGUAUGUCGGGAGCAACUUCGGCCCAGGCGCCUCACAGUGUAACAACACGUGCAGUUAUUUCGUGGGGGUUUUGGACAAAACAACCAUGCAGAUGAAGGUGCAACCUGCUCAACUUUUCAACCUGCAGCCCGUCAUACCAGGAGAAACAGCAGCAAACGCUGAGGAAAACGAAAGCAAAACCUACAGAGAGAAGUUGGAUGCUCUGAUCGAGGCAUUCGGCACAACAAAGCAGAAGCGCGCUCUGAGUUCCAGACGGAUGAACACGGUCGGAAACGACACUCUGCAGAAAGCCGUGGCUCACGCCGCCAACGACAUCAUCGACCAGAAAGGACUGGAAGCAUUACAGCAGGAAGUGGUAGAUUCACAAGCUCUGACUGAAUCCACUCUCUUCCUCCCGCCCUGUAACAAGAACGCAACUAAUCGUGAAGACGUUUACCCCUUUGAUGGUUUGCUGUCUCCAGCCGAGUUUAACUCGCUUAAGCAGCUUGGUGAGAAAAUGGCGGGACUUUGUUCAGAAGACCAGAUGACCAAAGAUGGCUUCUUUCCUGAGACUGUGAAGAAGAUUUUGAAACACCUUCCCAAAGAGGGUGAAGAUCGAGACAGACAAGCAUGCUGUGCCUGGUACCUGUCUUUCCUCAUCAGACUUGCACAAAUGAAAAAACUGGACCGCAAAUUUGGUGAGGAUGAAUGUCCACACGUCCUCUACAAGAAAGUGCAGAAGAAUUUCACAGUGGAGAGGUUUGAUAAUGGAAGACUGAAGAAUACAGUGACCACUUCUACAGUCAGUAAGAUCGCGUCCCACUGUCUUGCUUUGCUGCUUCAUAUCGGAGACCAGAACGUAGACCUCACACUCUUACACAGAGACCUGUCUAUCAGUGAAAACAAGAUGUUGGAGGUGGCAAAGGCCAUGGGGCUCACACUUUCCCGCCAGUCCAUGUACAGUUUGGAGGAGGCGGGGCUACAGGAUGAUCACAGGAUGGCCUCGCUGGAGCUCCCACUUGUCCGCUAUGAACGGCGCAUGGAGAGGCAAAAACGCAGGAAAAUGAAAUGAAUUGUAUGUUUUGUAUAGUUUGCGUAGCCCAAAUUCACUUACUACUAAAAACUUGAUGUAAAAGGUGGCCAUGUGGUCAUUAACAAAAAAAUCAAGAUUAAACCUUUUUUACUUGA